CUUUUGGCUACACUACACUGCCAAAAUUUCUCAGCACCUCACUGCUGGCCCCAGAGUAGUAGGUAUAGACAAGACUACAAGCAAGGCCAGGUCUCAGGACAUGCAGCAUCCCACACCUGCAGGAUACAGCCCAGAGAUGCUCUUCUAUUUUGUAGGAGGGACAUGACCCCAAUCCAAGGACCUGGGACGCUUCCCAAGAAACCCUGAUGUGCUGCUUUGUAUCUGCUGGUGACCAAAGGGAUUCCACAUGGAGAAAAACAACCAGACUUCCCCCAUGCUGGGGUUCAUUCUCCUGGGUCUCUCAACCCACCCAAAGCUGGAGAAACCAUUCUUUGUGCUCAUCCUGCUGAUGUACCUGGUGAUCCUGCUGGGCAACGGGGUCCUCAUCCUGGUCACCAUCUUUGACUCCCACCUGCACACACCCAUGUACUUCUUUCUGGGGAACCUCUCCUUCCUGGACAUCUGCUACACCACCUCCUCUGUGCCCCUGGUCCUGGAUGGUUUCCUGACUCCCAGGAAGAUCAUCUCCUUCUCAGCCUGUGCUGUGCAGAUGUUCCUGUCCUUUGCCAUGGGGGCCACAGAGUGUGUGCUCCUGGGCAUGAUGGCGUUUGAUCGUUAUGUGGCCAUCUGCAACCCCCUCAGGUACCCCGUGGUCAUGAGCAAGGCUGCCUAUGUGCCCAUGGCUACCAGCUCCUGGGCUAUUGGUGGUGCAGCUUCUGUGAUGCACACUUCCUUGACCAUACAGCUGCCGUUUUGUGGGAACAACAUCAUCGAUCACUUUGGCUGUGAGAUCCUUGGUGUUCUGAGGGUGGCUUGUACUGACAUCACCAUCAAUGUGAUCAGCAUGGGGGUGACAAAUGUGAUUUUUCUUGGGGCUCCAGUGCUGUUCAUUUUUGUCUCCUAUGUGUUCAUCAUCGCCACCAUUCUAAAGAUCCCGUCCGCUGAGGGCAGGAAAAAGGCCUUUUCCACCUGCUCUGCCCACCUCACUGUGGUGAUUAUAUUCUAUGGCACCUUAUUUUUCAUGUAUGCCAAACCCAAGUCUAAGGACUCUCUGGGGGCAGGCAAACAGAACCUUUCAGACAAGCUCAUUCCCUUGCUCUAUGGAGUGGUCACCCCCAUGCUCAACCCCAUUAUCUACAGUCUGAGGAACAAGGAUGUGAAGGCUGCUGUGAGGAAGCUGGUGACUCAGAAAUGCUUUAGGCAGUGAUGCAGUGGAGGCCCUAUGUGGUUCUCAUUCAUGGGAAGAAGACCUUGGAACUGACACUGUCAUUCAAAACCUAAAUCAAUUCACUAGAGUGAGUGUUGCCUUUAAGUUCAAGUUCAGGAGUGCUAAGCCUUCAGAAUUAUCUGAGUUUGGGUUCAUAUAUCUGAGAACUCCCACAGAUUCCAGGCACUAAUACUCUCAUUGAAUGUAAAGACAUUCUGAACGUGCACUAAAACCACAGGAGACAAAGCACCACUGGGGAGACUGAACAACCCUCAUGCAUGUACACUGUGAUGCCCGUGCAUGGCGGUGAGAUGGGCCUCACAGCUAGUUUGACUCUCCUAUUUGCCAGACUUUUUAAAAGGAAG